GGGGUUUAUUUUCGUUGGACAAAUUUUGGGCGGAGUAAAAUCUUUCGCCUCGCCUCUUCCUCUACUCAGACAACGGAUAGCCAAUCGCAUCAUCAAUCCAAGGAAUCAUGUUGAGCCAACACUUCCGCUUUCUUCUACGCUACGGAAAAGUGUUGUCGGUAGCUAGGUAAACAACAUGGCUGCGGGAUCCAGCGGUGCGGGCAUCGAGCUACAGAAAGAGUUGAUUUGUGCCAUCUGUCUUGACUACUUUAACGACCCGGUCAUUCUCAAAUGCGGACACAAUUUCUGCAAGUUCUGCAUCCUGAUGCAUUGGGAGGAGAACGGAGGAGAGGACGUCGGUUAUCAAUGCCCCGAGUGCCGAAUGAUAUUUAACAAGAUCAGCUUCACCAAGAACUACCUGGUUAAGAACCUUGUUGAUAAGCUGAGUGGGUUGGAGUGUCUGAAGCCCUGUGAGCAGCCGGCUCUGUCCAAGCAUGUCCAAAUAGAUGGGAAAUGCGACAGGCAUGGAGAGGAGCUGAAGCUCUAUUGUCACACCGACAACAAACCCAUCUGUGUGGUGUGUAGGGAGUCCCGGGCACACAGACACCAUGAUGUGGCUCCUGUUCCAGAGGUCCUUGAGGAUAUGAAGAGCGAACUGCGUCUGAGGCUGGUGGAAUUAACAUGGCAGAAGACUGUGUGUACCAGAGUGAAGGCUAUGGAUGAGCAGACCAAGAAUGAAGCCAAGUUAAAGAAGCUGAAGCUGAAGGAGAAGAUUGAAGAGGAUGUGGGAUCUCUAGUCCAGUUCCUGUUGGAUGAGAAGGACGACCUACUGGAGGCUCUGGAUGCUGAGGAGGGGACUGUCAUAGGGAUGAUAGAUGACAACCUGAGGUGGGUGGAGACCGAGGUGGUAGCUGUGGACAAACACAUGGCCCAGAUACACAACCACAUCAGAGGAAACACCAGUUUCGAGAGCAUCACUGAGACCUACAAAAACCCUCUAAAGGUCAGCCCUCUCAUCUCAUCUGUUAACUGUUCUGGUGACUGGAUGAAUGAGUUCUCUGGACCCCAUCAGCUGAUCUUGUGGAAAAGGAUGAUGCACGUGUUGCACACCAUGCCCCAGAACCUGACCCUGGACCCAGACACGGCUCACCCUAACCUGGCCAUCACCGACUUCGACACCAAGGUAGAGGAGGUGCGUACCCGUAGCCAGGAACCAGACCUGCCUCAGCGCUUCACUCGCUUCUGUGGCAUUCUGGCCACCGCACAAUACUCCAGUGGACAACACUACUGGGAGGUGGAUGUGAAGGACAAGGGCGUAUGGUACCUGGGGGUGACAGGGGAGUACAGUCCCAGGAAGGGUUUCGUCAAUCUGUGUCCAUCCUCCGGCUACUGGAGCCUCAGUCUGCAGGACAGGCUAUAUGCUAACGAGGAGGAUGCCAAGAUACCUCUGGCCGACUACUGGAACUCCCCGAGGGUGGGCGUGUACCUGGACUACGACGCAGGACGCGUGUCCUUCUACGACGCAGUCACCAUGAAGAAGUUGUACAUGUUUGACGCGUACUUUGAAGAGCCGGUAUCUCCUUUCUUCAGCCCAGGGAAGAACGAUCCUGGGAGCAGACUGCAGAUCUGUCAUUACUACUGAGAUGGCGGGGGGAGGGGGGGUGCCUGGGUAGAAGUUUUAGGCCUACAGCCAAUCUUGAGAGUGAGUGUGUGUGUGUGUGUGGCUACUUAUUACAGAUUCACUCUUGAUGACAGCAAGGGGGGGGUGUGUGUGUGCCUGGGUAGAAGAUGAGGCCUAUAGCCAACCUUGAGAGUGAGUGUGUGUGUGUGUGUGUGUGUGUGUGUGUGUGUGUGUGUGGCUACUCAUUCCAGAUCCACGAUUGAUGAUCAACCAUUCCAGCUGUAGCUUUGUGCCCGAGCCCCUGGAGUGUUCUAGAAUGUUACUAAUUCUACUGUGGCUUUGUGCCAGAGCCCCUGGAGUGUUCUAGAAUGGUACUGAUUCUACUGUGGCUUUGUGCCAGAGCCCCUGGAGUGUUCUAGAAUAGUACUCAUUCUACUGUGGCUUUAUGGUACUGAUUCUACUGUGGCUUUGUGCCAGAGCCCCUGGAUUGUUGUAGAAUGGUACUGAUUCUACUGUGGCUUUGUGCCAGAGCCCCUGGAUUGUUCUAGAAUGGUACUGAUUCUACUGUGGCUUUGUGCUAGAGUCCCUGGAGUGUUCUAGAAUGGUACUGAUUAUACUGUGGCUUUAUGGUACUGAUUCUACUGUGGCUUUGUGCCAGAGCCCCUGGAUUGUUCUAGAAUGGUACUGAUUCUACUGUGGCUUUGUGCUAGAGUCCCUGGAGUGUUCUAGAACAGUGCGGAUUCUACUGUGGCUUUGUGCCAGAGCCCCUGGAGUGUUCUAGAAUGGUACUGAUUAUACUGUGGCUUUAUGGUACUGAUUCUACUGUGGCUUUGUGCCAGAGCCCCUGGAGUGUUCUGGAAUGGUACUGAUCCUACUGUGGCUUUGUGCCAGAGCCCCUGGAGUGUUCUAGAAUGGUAAUGAUUCCACUGUGGCUUUGUGCCAGAACCCCUGGAUUGUUCUAGAAUGGUACUGAUUCUACUAUGGCUUUGUGCCAGAACCCCUGGAUUGUUCUAGAAUGGUACUGAUUCUACUGUGGCUUUGUGCCAGAGCCCCUGGAUUGUUCUAGAAUGGUACUGAUUCUACUGUGGCUUUGUGCCAGAUCCCCUGGCGUGUUCUAGAAUGGUACUGAUUCUACUGUGGCUUUGUGCCAGAGCACCUGGCGUGUUCUAGAACGGUACUGAUUCUACUGUGGUGGGGGUUCCAGAGUGUCUUGUUCAAUUGUGAUUGUAGAAUUUCUCAAAUGGAAACAUUUCAAAUGAAAGACUCCCUUGGUGGUUGUGUGUGGCACCACAGGGACUCGUUGUAACUGAUGCAUGACAUCACGUUGGCAAGACAGUUGCCUUUCUCCUAAAGGACACCAGGACACGGCCUUGCGCCGUUGGUCACCUGCAGAGUGUGACCGUUUCAACGUGUUGAAUCGUCUGCAAAGUGAAAAUGACAGCCAAUAUCCUGGUCAGAGGAGAUGCCCCCAUCUGGUUCUAACCACCGGACUUCACGGUGUGGUCUGACCCCGCCGGACUUCACGGUGUGGCCUGACCCCGCCGGACUUCACGGUGUGGCCUGACCUCUAAAAGCUGUGAUAGGAAGUGCAUGCAUCUCAUAUGGCACCCUAUUCCCUAUAAAGUGCACUACCGGGGUCCAUAGGACUCUGGUAGAAAGUAGUGCACCAUAUUUAUUUAUUUAUUUUCCCUU